CAGCACCAGGCAAUAAGAGCCUCUUUGUCAGAGGAGCUGAGCACUGGGCCAGAGCACACGCUCCGGGGCCUUUUGGGUGAGACAGCCCACCUCUCCCGCUGGGGGCGUCGGUUUUUCCCCACACCCAGGCGGCAUCGUACGGUGCCCCAUUUUGGGCACAAGAGGCCAAAGGCUCCAGCCUGCGUGUGACGAGGGAGCGAGGAGCAGCAAAGGCUGGAUCUGGCCAUCCUGGAAAGGACCGCCCUGCAGUCCAGCUUCCUGACCCAUUCGAAGGGCGCAGAGCGAGCCCCGAAGAAGGGACGCUCUGUCCCCAUUCAGAGAACCAGCUGCAGGGAAAGGAAAGAUAAAUGCAUCAAGAAAGAGAGGAACUGAAACCGUAUGAGAUGCAAUGGAGACCCCUGGUAGCACUCCACCUUCUGUCACUACCAACUGGAACACAUUUCCCCAACAGAACUUGGAGGCUGUGGACAUUGUUGUUCUUGUUCUGUACUUUGUAUUCGUCCUGGCGGUUGGAUUGUGGUCCAUGUGGAAGACAAAACGAAGCACGGUGAAGGGUUAUUUCCUGGCUGGAGGAAAGAUGGUUUGGUGGCCUGUGGGUGCGUCCCUGUUUGCUAGUAAUGUUGGGAGUGGGCAUUUCAUAGGCCUGGCUGGAUCAGGGGCAGCGUCGGGAAUCGCUGCUACGGCGUAUGAGUGGAACGGAAUGUUUUGUGUUUUGGUGCUGGCCUGGCUAUUUCUUCCUAUUUACAUAGCAGCUGGGGUUACAACCAUGCCUGAGUACUUACAGAAACGCUUUGGUGGCAAAAGAAUACAGAUCUUCCUGGCAAUUCUCUAUUUGUUUAUCUAUAUAUUCACCAAAAUAUCAGUUGAUAUGUAUGCUGGGGCCCUGUUCAUUCAGCAAGCCUUACGCUGGGACCUCUACGUUGCUGUCAUAGGUCUGCUGGCAAUCACUGCUGUUUACACUGUUGCAGGUGGCCUGGCAGCUGUGAUCUACACAGACACUCUGCAGACUGUCAUCAUGCUGGCUGGGGGAUUAACUCUUAUGGGGUUCAGCUUUGUUAAAAUUGGUGGGCUUGAAAGUUUGCAGGCCAAAUACUUUAAAGCCAUUGCUAGUAGCCACAAAGGAAACAGUAGCUGUGGCUUACCAAGAGAAGAUGCCUUCCACAUUUUCCGAGACCCUGUCACCUCUGACCUUCCCUGGCCAGGAGUUCUGAUUGGAAUGACCAUCCCAUCUCUGUGGUACUGGUGUACAGAUCAGGUCAUUGUUCAAAGGUCCCUUGCAGCUAAAAACCUCUGUCAUGCCAAAGGAGGUUCGUUGUUGGCCUCCUAUCUGAAAAUUUUGCCUCUCUUCAUGAUGGUGAUGCCAGGCAUGAUCAGCCGGGUUCUCUUCCCAGAUCUGGUGGCUUGUGCAGACCCAGAAAUCUGUCGGAAAAUCUGUGGCAACCCAUCUGGCUGUUCUGAUAUUGCUUACCCCAAACUGGUCAUAGAACUGCUGCCUCUAGGGCUCAGGGGCCUCAUGAUGUCAGUGAUGAUUUCAGCACUUAUGUCCUCCCUGACUUCCAUCUUUAACAGCUCCAGCACCAUAUUCACCAUGGAUCUCUGGCGGCACUUCCGGCCCCGUUCUUCUGAGUGGGAACUUAUGCUUGUCGGCAGGGUGUUUGUGCUGCUGCUCGUGGUGGUGUCUAUUCUGUGGAUCCCACUGGUUCAGGCCAGCCAAGGGGGGCAGCUAUUCAUUUAUAUCCAGACAAUCAGCUCCUACCUACAGCCCCCGGUGGCCAUGGUUUUCAUCCUGGGCUGUUUCUGGAAGAGAACAAAUGAAAAGGGUGCGUUCUGGGGCCUGCUGACUGGCAUGCUGCUGGGCUUCAUCCGGCUGGUGCUGGACUUUAUCUACCUGCAGCCCCAAUGCGGGGAGCCAGACCGCCGGCCGGCCGUGGUGAGAUAUGUGCACUACCUGUACUUCUCCAUGAUCCUCAGUGUCAUCACGACAGUCACUGUGGUGGUCGUGAGCCUGCUCACAGAACCUCCCUCGGAAGAAAUGAUCAGUCAUCUCACCUGGUUCACACGCUGGGAUCGACCAGCCAAGAAACACCCAGCAGUCAGUACUUCUCCUGAUACUGGAAGUGGCGUAUGUAAGUCUGAGUGUCCGCCUGCCCAGCUCGAUAUUAGCGUUGUUCCUGAAAAUAUUUCCAAUGACAAUAGAAGCGUGACUGGUACUCAGAAAGGGUCUAAACUGAUGAGAGUCGUCUUGUGGCUCUGUGGGAUGGAGAGCAAACAAGACCGUGCUCCUGAGAACACAGCUCCUACCAGCCCUGAACGUGCUGUGGCUUCAUUGGAUGAGCAGCCUUUGGUGAAACACAUUCUGAACAUCAACUUGAUACUAUGCAUAUGUGCCGGCAUCUUCCUCUGGGGCUACUUUGCAUAGCAGCUUGCCAGAUGAUUCAAGGGACACCGUCAGCUAAUCUUAGGCCCCCCAAUUAAGAUUGGUGUAAAUAAUAAUAAUAUAAUCAAUGAUGGUUCAGUGCGAUUUGUAAUCCAUUCUUACAUUUCAUAGGAAAAAAACGUGAGUAUUUUAGUUACACUUAACGAAGGGCUCGCUCCUGAGCUUCUCUACCUUCGGCUCACACCAGUGAGAUCAGGCCCCAGGCAGCGAUAGGCUAUCCAUGUGUAAGGGGUGGGGGGAGGUUUGGAAGGCAGAAGGAGUUUGUUUGGUUAUGUUUCACAUCUUGAUAGUUUUGCACUUAAGCACUAGGGACUCAGGAUAUCUGCCUGACCUGUGUAAAGCACUUAAUUUCUCUGUGCCUUAACUCUCCCAUCUGUAGGAAUGGGUAAUAAUCCUUCCCCACCUCCAAGCGGUGCCAUGAGGAUCAAUAUUUAUGUUUGCAAGGUACAUAGAUACUGUAGUGAUGGGGACUGUAUAGGCAUAUAGAGAUACUAUAUCCAUUAAGGAAAACAAAACAUUACACCAAAAUGUAUGUACAUGGAUGAAUGUGUGUGUGCCUAUGUUGUACAGCUCAUAGGCUCCAUUGGCUUUUCUGUACUACAGUUGGCACUAAAAUUAAUAUAGAUUUUUUUAAAAUUGUUUGCAUACAUUUUAAAAAAGUCAAUGAGUUUCUUAGCAUGGGAAGUUAAAUCUUCUGCAGGGCUGUAAAUCCAAACACAACGCUGAGGGUAGUGUAUGUGGACUAGAAAAUGAAACUGACAAUUUCACUGUCAAAUGUGAGCGUAUGGCUCACAAAGUAAAACAGCAUCGGUGUUGAAGAGUAUAUGAGGCUGCUUAAAUCUUUUCAGAUAAUGUUGGGAUUGUUGGUAACGCAUACAGAGAGAUUAUCAUAUGUGUAUAGAAGAUUUUGACAGUCUCUCUUUAGGUUUCUUUUUAAAUAAAUUAGGUAUUAUUACAACCAGAGUAUUUUAUGAGCAAUGUAAUGUACUGUCCUUUUAAAAAUCCCUUGCCAGUGUUAAUAAAAACGUAUUUAUUAUUCUCAA